AUGUCUGUGGAAACAAGCAACUUGCCAGGAUAUCCCAAACCCAGGGCAGUAGUACGACUGGCCUACCGAGCCUUAGGUACCUCUGUGGUCAAACUUGCCUUGUACACAGAAUGCCCUGUCUCGGAGGAUAUAAAUGGGCCUACUUACAAGCAGCACUUCAUGCGACCCUUUAAGCAUGCCUCACCGGAUAGCUUUACUGUAGGAUGGAGGCGAUACCACUCUGCUACCAACGACAAGGCACGAUUAGCGCCAUUUACGAACAAGGGGGCAGUCACAUUUGUUAAUUUCGUAGUCGGCAAAGCAAGUUUUGCCGGUGAUCGUGAUGCGGUGAUGGUGUUGUGUCUAACGCAAGCAUCAUACAUGGACUUAGCAGCAUAUAACUCCGGUCUACAGAUGCUCCAACAACCUAAGCGAGAAGACGAGAGGAUAUGCGUGCGAAGAGACUUAUGCAAUCCCCCCCCUUCCAAGGGAAUAACAUGUAGUAUUACGCUGGAGGUAUACAAUAAUAGCAAGCACACGCUUGUGUUUCCGCAGAAUGACUGCGCGGAAAUCAUCCGUGCCACCGGCUAUGCGUGUCGAGAGUAUCCGGCGCCCUAA